CUGCACAACUUACGAUGCCGAUGGGAUCGACAUCUACUUCCUCAACCAUUGGAAACCGAAUUCAACUCAUGGUGGAUACACCAAUAUCACAACCACGGCAGCGGUUCAAAAUUUGUUCAAGACCGUGAGACCUCUCGGUAGCACCCCGACCGACACCCGACUCAGCCAUCUCCUCAGACCGUAUCUCGCCGAAGUAGCCGACUCGAUCGAGCGCCAGUCUCGCGGCCACGAAGCAACCGUCAAGCCAGGUAACAUCAUCGUCAUCACCGACGGCGUGCCCAGCGACGACGUCGAAAGUGUGAUUGUGAACGUAGCCAGGAAGCUCGAUUCAUGCGGUGCCGUACCCUGGCAAGUUGGCAUUCAAUUCUUUCAGGUCGGACGUGAGCCUGAGGCUGCCGAGGAUCUGAAGGAAAUGGACGAUGCCUUGUCUGGAACCUACAAUAUUCGAGAUAUGGUUGAUACGGUGCCCUGGACCGGCGACAAAGGCCAAGAACUCACCGCACAGGUUCUCCUCAAGGUCUGUCUCGGCAGCGUGGUUCGACGACACGAUCGGAGCAGAGUUUGA